AUGUCGUACCUCCCAGAGCUCCCUGAGAUCCAGCUAGACAGCCUUCUCAUCGCAUGCUUGUGCUUACCCACAGCACCAGAUGGACGAGAAAAGCUGGAUGAAGCGCUGGAAGGAUGCUUGAGCCCAAAGACAAGAAACACGCCAGAGCUGAAGGUUGUGUCAGUCUUGGAUUGCAACCGGCAGAAGAAGCUUGAGAAGGAGAGAAAAGAAGGGUCAACCUCGGAGCUCUUCGUUGCGGGAUGCAAGGCAAGAGAAAAAGGAUGGACGAAAAUCGGCAUCGUCGACAACCUAACCUACCGCCUCCUCUGCGGUCAGAAGCGUCCCGGCGAGAACCCCGAGUGCUCGAUGAUCAUCCUGCAAACCUCUCCACUACCCAGCCAGACCAAUGGUGAUUCCAAUGCCGAGACAUUAUCAGGAUCGCAGCAACCUGAAAUCACGGCAAAACGCUUCCCCCUCGCCGAAGCCAUCCGCAUCCUCACGCAGCGCGACGAGGCCAUCACCGUCAACCGCAGCGCCGCGCUCUUCGACCAGCCCGAGUCCGUCCACCGCCACGUCGGCGUGCACAGCAACCUCGGCCUCAUCCUGCACGACUGGUCGCUCCCGCUCUUCCAUGACGCAACGUCCGUCCGCGCGCAGCGCGCGCACCAGAGCACCAUCGACCAAGCCCUCGCUGGCGCCGGCAGCACCCCCGGCCGCCCCGCGCUCCCGCUCGAGCUCGCCGACGCCAUCAGAGAGGAGCUCGCGCAGCCGCAGCCGCUCGACGAGCUCACAGCGGCGCCGACGUUCCUGCUGGCCGAUCCCGAGGUGCUUGAGGUGCACGCGCUGGUCCCGCUGAAGGACCUCGAGGCGUCGACGCAGGCGCUGAACGAGAAGUUGAAGGCCGCAGCGGCCGCUGCUCCCGCCCCAAGUCCGGAUAGCGAGGAGAAGGAUGACGAUGGUCAGAAGAAGGUCCGGGUGGCGAAGAAGGCAGUGAUAUACCCCUGGAAACGGGAGGGUGUGCCCGCGUCCCGUCACGACUUCUGGCGCCUGUGGCACCGCAUCGUGCGCUGGAACGAGAACCUGAGGCGUCCAGUGUCCCUCUUCCUAGACGUCGAUCCCGCAGCGCCGCCAGCAGAGCGUCGUCUCGGUGACGACGACGACACCGACGACAUCCCCCUCAUCGUCGCCGAAUACCAGUACAACAACAACCCCACCCUCGUCAGCCGCGUCGGCCUGCGCGCCGACGACCUCGUCCGCCUCUGGCCCGCCGUCCACCAGCCCAGCUACAGGUACUGGAGCUCACGCCCAGACCUGCGCGCCGAGCGCGAAAAGAAAGGCGACGCCGUCCCCGUCUACCCGCUGACGGACCGCGUCGAGCUGCUCGUCGCGCCCGACGCCCGCUUCUUCCACGACCCCCCGCCCUGGAAGUUUGCCGACUACGGGCUCAACGACGAGGCGCAUCCGUGCUUCUUCCUGACCAAGGGCGAGGGGGAGGAGGGCGGAGUGCAGGGGUUGGUGGACUUGAUGCAUAAGGAGGUGUUUGAGGACGCGGAGGUCGACGAGGAUAACGGGCCGUACGCGAUAGUGCAAUGGGAUCGGGAGGAGGAUGGUGGUAAGGAUGAUAUGUUGAGAUUGGCGAUAGAGUGCUGGGAGGGGAGGCCUGGGUUGGACAGGGGGACGGACGAGGGAUAUUGCAUUUUUGUGGACAGGGAGGCGUUCAGGUCGAAGAAGGUGUUGUACGCGAUGUACUCGAGACCGCUCGAGAAGGAUGAAGACGAGGCAACGUCAAAGGCGAUUGAGGACGACGAGUCACUGGACGAGGAGACGAAGCGUAAGAUGAGGUUUGAUAUGUACAGCGAAGGGAUCAAGGUCGUGCGGGCGAACAUCUUGGAGGAGGAACUUCACCUGGCAUGGUGCAACAUUACGACGGCCAAUUUGUUUUUCGAAGAGUAUUUCGACUUGGAUCAGGCUGAGACUUAUAGGCGGUCGUGGAAGUCCGAGGAAGAAAAGAGGCUUGCGUUCGAGAGAUGGGACCGUACAAACUGGAGGCGCUACCUGUAG